GCGAUAUGCUAGAGGGACUUCCGUUUGAACCGUCAUAGAGUAAACAUCUAUCCCGGUAACUGUGAACUGAAGUGAAGUGUAAAGUAAACACAUGGACGAUAAUCUCAUUCCAGAACCAGGAGAGAGUCCUGGUACAUAUAAACAAAUGGACUAUGAAACUCUAAAUAACAGAAGACGUAAAAACAGUGAAAGCGACAGCGAAACAAACCCACCCUACAAGCAACACCGAAACGAAGAAGCCGGCAGGAACUUCACACAAUUCCAAAUAGAAAUGAAUAACAACACUGAAUCCAACAACCAAGUGCUGAUCAACCAACAAUAAAGAAGUAUUACAUCUUGAGACACACAAAAAUCUUCCUACAAAGAACAAGAAUAAUAGACAUAAUCUGAAAACAGAGAAGAACCAUAAAGAAAAAUCCAGGGAAUAUAGGCUGCUAUAUAGUCUAAAACCCUAUAAAAGAAGAAAGAAGAAGAAGAAGAAGAUAUGCUAGAGGGUUAAUAAGUUGGAAGUGGAAUGUAUCUAAUGUAGAAUAUUAUUAUUGUUAUUAAUAAUAUUAUUUUUUUUUUUGCAAAAUUUGAGGAUAAGCUGCAUACUAGGAAGCAAUAUCAGGAUGAUUGGGAGACUAAGACUAGGGCAGUGUAUGAGAGUGAGCUGUUCUCUUGUGCCGAGAAAUCUUUCAACCACAUCUGCGGUCGGCGAGAGGGAAAAGGAGAGUUGGAAAACAGAGCCAGAGAAAGAAGAACUACCAAAAGGAGAAUGGAAAAGCUUUUUCCAUUACUUUGCUCCGAAAAAAGGAAUAACCCUUGAUGUUGUCCAUCACCUGCAGAAAGGCUUUGAUCUUCGCCCCAAAGCGGUACAGAAAUGGCUAAAAAAGAUAAAGCACAAGAGGGAUGAAAGUGAUCAAAUGUUUCGAAAAGACAGAGUAGCAGCUCUUGGCUUUGACUUGGCUGCUGCACAUUUCAUAGUCCAUCGUGGUGGCAAGGUCCGAUUCAAAGGCAGUGAAGAAUGGACACAGCAAAAUGAAGAUGAAAAAUAUGAUCUACCUGGUCAUUACAAUGAAAAUCUUGUGAUUGAAGCUAUUGAUGCCUCAGAAACAAAUAUUCUCUAUGAAGGAAUCGAGUGCUUAUGUAAUUUAAAGCAGUUGACAUGGCUGAGUGUUGCAAAUUGCCCCCACAUUGAUGACUGGUGCAUUGAUCGUAUCUGUGGCCAGUAUGCUUCAACCCUUAAACAUCUAGACAUCAGUAAUUGUACUAAAAUUACACAUCGUGGUAUUGCUGCUUUAGCACGUCUUGGAGAGUUAAAGAGUCUACAUAUCAAUGGACUAGAAAAUAUUAGAGACAUCCAGUUACUGUGCUUACUCCUUGAAGAUGUUUUACCAGAAAUUGAAAUAGUUGGAAUUGAUUACAUGGACACAUCAAGUUUACAGAAAUCAACCCUUAAUGAAGAUCAGUAAUCAUAAAUUUCUCUCUGAAGUUCUGGAAUUCAGUGUGUGGCUCCUGACAGCUGGCUUAGUGGAUCUCUUUCUAGGAUAUAAUUUGUUCAUGAGUAUUUUUAAAAGCCUAUUCUUGAUUACUGAUGUUUAAUUAGUACUUCCAAGCUCUUUUACUUUAAAGAUAUUUAUAAAUUUCAAAGAAAGCAAAGGGAAGUGUCAUACUGUAAUUAUGUGGUAAUGUAGAAUAUUGCUUUUGUAUAAGCUACCAAAAUGGUGAUUUUGCAAAAUUAGUGAAUAUCACUGCUUAUACUGUGAGAUAUAGUAGUAACAAAUACAUUUAGGUUGUUUUGUAUAUUGUAUAUAAAAGAAUAUGUUGUAACUUUUCCUACAAAAGGCUGUGUAUGUUGUAAUAGACGACACUUCAUGUACUAAAAUGUAGUGAGAAUCUCUUGAAUACAAAAUAUAUCGAGGAAUGUAAUAAGUCAUGGAUAUUGUGGGCUGAGAUGGUCAUAUGGAUCAUCUUAAAAAAAUACAUUAUUCUGCUAUGAUUGAAGAGAAAUGUUACAAAAAAGUGUGAUAUUAAUGUGAUGUGGAAAAUCACAAAAAUAAGCAAAAUUAAGAAUGUUUUGAGGACAUAUUUAAUGACUGGCAAUAGUGAAUGUAAAUAUUGUA